CUUGCCUUCUCCUUCCUUCCUUCCUUCCUUCCUUCCUUCCUUCCUUCCUUCCUUCCUUCCUUCCCUUCUUCCCCUGGCCACUCCAUGCCUUCUCCUUCUCCUCCUUCAGCACAUCAAGAGGUUCAUGAAUGCCACCUGGUCCUCCCGCCACGGCUCCGCUCUGUCCCCGGACUCGGUCCAGCUGCUCUGGUCCUGCAUUGUCUCGGCCUACGGCCUGGGGGGCCUCCUGGGUGGGGGGGCCUGCGGCUUCCUGACCGCCCGCUUCCGCAAGAAGAAGUGCCAGGCGGUGGCCAACGCGGUCAUGGUGGCGGCCGCCCUGUGCGUCGGGCUGAGCGAGAGCGCCGCCUCCUUCGAGAUGAUCCUCCUCGGGCGCUUCCUUUACGGGGUCGGCAUCGGCAUUUCCUUCAGCAUCCAUCCACAGUAUGUGGGCGAGAUCUCCCCGAAGAAGCUCCGCGGCUUCGCCAACGCCACCGUCGCCGUCUUCCUGACCCUGGGAAAGGUCGCCGGGCAGGUCGCGGGCCUCAGGGAAGUGCUGGGCAGGGCCCCCUUCUGGCCCCUCCUCCUGGCCCUUACGGGCUUUUCUGCUUUGGCCCAAUCGGCGGCCCUUCCUUGUUUCCCGGACUCCCCUUCCUACCUCCUCCUCCAGAAAGGAAAUGAGGAGGCCUUCCUCAAAGCCAUCCGGCGUCUCUGGGGCCCCGGGGACCAUGGGGCCGAGAUCGAGGACCUCCGCAGAGAGCAAAGCCAGCGGUGCCCUUCCUCUUCCCCUCCUCCUCCCUCUUCUCCCCUUCCUCUUCCCCUUCCUCUUCCUCCUCCGAAGGGGCUCCGGGUUCGAGAGCUGCUGGCUUCCCGGUCCUUCCGGUGGCAGCUCUACAUCACAUUCGCCAUCAUGACCACCCUCCAGCUCUGCGGCAUCAACGCAAUCUAUUUCUAUUCCUUCGAAGUCUUCCACACAGCUCAGUUCGAAGAAGAGACGAUCCCUUACGUGGCCCUGGGGGUCGGGGUCUGCGAGUGCCUCUCCUCCGUCCUGUGUAGUUCCCUCAUUGAGCGCUUUGGAAGGAAGCGGCUGCUUUGGGGCGGAUAUGUGGCCAUGGUCGUGGUCCUGGUCCUGCUCACCGUCACCCUCACCCUCCAGCACCGCUUCCCAUGGAUGCAUUACGUCAGCGUCGCCCUCAUCUUCCUCUUUGUCGUCUUCUAUGGCAUCGGGCCCUCCGGGGCCACGAUCGCGGUGAUGGUGGAGAUGUUCACGCAGGCCUUCCGCCCCUCGGCCUUCGUCCUGGUCGGGAUCCUCAACUGGGCCGGGCUCUUCCUCCUCGGGAUGGGAUUCCCUUUCGUUGUGGCGUGGCUGGGCCCGUUCUGCUUCCUGCUCUUCGUGGCCGUCCUUUCCGCUUCGGCCGUCUUCGUCUAUCUCUUCCUCCCGGAAACCAAAGGCAAAUCCAUCGUGGAAAUCACCGCCGAGUUCAAUAAACUAAAUUACGGGCGGAAGGGAGACCUCUUCAAAGCAGAACCCAACAGCCAUUUCCCAAAGGAAGACCUCUUCUGCACAAGGCUCUGAGAACAGCAGCAACCACAAUUAGUGUCAUUAUUCCUGUAACAGGGACAUUCUCCAAGUUUACACGAUCUCUGGAUUGUUUUCAGCAGGGGAAAAAAAACAAAAGAAAUGCCUUCUUGUUUACAUUCAUUCAAUGAAACCAAUAAAAUGGUGCGUCUUCUGUC